AAAAAACGAUUUCUCAGCAGUGUUCCUGGGGGCUGGUGCCACAGUGCACCUCUGUAGGGUCAGGUCCCAGCCCGUUGUUCCCAACGCAACGUCUCCCUCAGCCUCAGCCCUGGACAGGCCGGGUCUUCAUGCUGCUGUGGGUGUCACUGCUGGCCCUGGCUUCCGUCAGUGGACAGUUCGAAACUGCACCCAACGCCGUGAUUUCGCUCCAGCCACCAUGGCCCAUCACCUUCCAGGGACAGGAGGUGACCCUGACUUGCCACGUAUCCCCCUUCGAGUCACCAGGGGAAACAACAUGGUUCCACCUGUACCAUGACAAAGAAACAUCAAGACAAACCCCAGACAGCACCUGGGUGGUUUGGGAGUCCGGACAGUACAGGUGCCAGGCCGGGGGCUCACGCCCCAGCAGCCCUGUGCACUUGGACUUUUCCACAGCCACCCUGAUCCUGCAGGCCCCGCUGUCCGUCUUCGAGGGGGACACCGUGACCCUGAGGUGCCAGGGGAAGGAGGGCUUGGAGCUGCACACCAAGACGCUGUACAGGAAUGGCAAAGUGCUGGCCGAGCUCGGGGGAGACUCUGACUUUCGCAUUCACGGAGCGGGCCAGAAGGACAAUGGCGUCUACCACUGCACUGCCCGGCGGGAGGCCUUUGGCUCUGUCACUUCGAACACCAUGGAAAUCCAGGUCCAAGAGCUGUUUCCGCUUCCCGUGCUGACGGCCAGCCCGGCCCAGCCCGUCGAGGGGGGCCCAGUGACGCUGACGUGCGAGACCCAGCUCUCUCCACAGAGGCCGGACGCCCGGCUCUGCUUCCGCUUCUUCAGAGAAGAGCAGCCCCUGGGGUCGGGCUGGAGCUGGUCCCCAGAGCUCCGGAUCCUCACUGUGUGGAGAGAAGACUCGGGGUCCUACUGGUGCCAGGCAGAGACGGUGACUCAAAAUGUCACAAAGAGAAGCCGGGAAUCUCACAUAUUGGUGCAGAGAGUUGCCGCCAACGUCCAAAUCCACACUCGCCCGGCGCCAGAGCUGGUGUUUGAAGGGCGGGAGCUGGUGCUCACCUGCUCGGCAACCGGAAUCCCGGAGCCUGUGCUCAUCUCCUGGCACAGAAAGUCCAGGUCGAGAGCGGUGGAAAUUCAGCCUACGAGGAAAGCGGAGCUCAGGAUCGCCAGGGUGAGGGGCAGCGACGCCGGGGAGUACCACUGUGUGGCCCGCUCCGGCCGCCUCUCCUUUCCCAGCCCGCCCGUGAGCAUCAGCGUGAAAGUUCCCGUGUCUCGUCCUGUCCUGACCCUCCGCCCUCGGGGGGCGCGGGCUCUCGAGGGCGACCUGAUGACGCUUCGCUGCGAGGCCUGGAAAGGCUCAGUCCCGAUCCUCUACCGGUUUUUCCACGAAGGUGCCCUCAUCAGGGAGAUGGAGGCCACUUCUUCGGGAGGCAAGUCCUUCAGCGUCUCUCUGACCGCGGAGCACUCUGGGCGCUACCACUGCACCGCGGACAAUGGCCUGGGGGCCCAGCCCAGCAAGGCCGAGCUCCUCUCCGUCACGGUUCCCGUGUCUCGUCCUGUCCUGACCCUCAGCCCUCCUGGGGCCCGGGCCCUCGAGGGCGACGUGAUGACGCUUCACUGCGAGGCCCAGAGAGGCUCGGCCCAGGUCCAGUACAGAUUUUACCGCGAGGAUGUCCCCCUGACCAGCCACUGGGCCCGGUCCGGAGCAGGCGCAUCCUUCCACCUCACUCUGCUGGAGGAGCACUCUGCAAACUACUCCUGCACCGCCGACAACGGCUUCGGCCCCCAGCGCAGCGAGGCCGUGUCCCUCUGGGUCACAGUUCCCGUGUCUCGUCCUGUCCUGACCCUCAGCCCUCCUGGGGCCCGGGCCCUCGAGGGCGACGUGAUGACGCUUCACUGCGAGGCCCAGAGAGGCUCGGCCCAGGUCCAGUACAGAUUUUACCGCGAGGAUGUCCCCCUCACCAGCCACUGGGCCCGGUCCGGAGCAGGCGCAUCCUUCCACCUCACUCUGCUGGAGGAGCACUCUGCAAACUACUCCUGCACCGCCGACAACGGCUUCGGCCCCCAGCGCAGCGAGGCCGUGUCCCUCUGGGUCAUCGUCCCUGUGUCGUGCCCCAUCCUCACCCUCGGGGCCCCCGGGGCCCGCGCCGAGCCGGGGGACGUGCUGCAGCUCCACUGCGAGGCGCCGAGAGGCUCGCCGCCCAUCCUGUACCAGUUUUACCGCGGGGACGUCGCCCUGGGGAGCAGCCCGGCCCCCUCUGGAGGAGGCGCGUCCCUCAACCUCUCUGUGACCGAAGAACAUUCUGGAAACUACUUCUGCGAGGCCGACAAUGGCCUGGGGGCCCAGCGCAGCGAGGCGGUGACACUCAGCGUCACAGUCCCUGUGUCGCGCCCCGUCCUCACCGUCGGGACCCCCGGGGCCCACACCGUGCCGGGGGACGUGCUGCAGCUCCGCUGCGAGGCGCCGAGAGGCUCGCCGCCCAUCCUGUACCGGUUUUACCGCGGGGACGUCGCCCUGGGGAGCAGCCCGGCCCCCUCUGGAGGAGGCGCGUCCCUCAACCUCUCUGUGACCGAAGAACAUUCUGGAAACUACUCUUGCGAGGCCGACAACAGCCUGGGGGCCCAGCGCAGCGAGGCAGUGACACUCAGCGUCACAGUCCCUGUGUCACGCCCGGUCCUCACCGUCGGGGCUCCCGGGGCCCGCGCUGAGCCGGGGGACGUGCUGCAGCUCCGCUGCGAGGCGCCGAGAGGCUCGCCGCCCAUCCUGUACCGGUUUUACCGCGGGGACGUCGCCCUGGGGAGCAGCCCGGCCCCCUCUGGAGGAGGCGCGUCCCUCAACCUCUCUGUGACCGAAGAACAUUCUGGAAACUACUCCUGCGAGGCCGACAACGGCCUGGGGGCCCAGCGCAGCGAGGCGGUGACACUCAGCGUCACGGGGCUGACAGGGAGCAGAAGCGGCUCUGCGGCCACAAGCGUCACUGGGGUGCUGGUCAGCAUCAUGGGCCUGGCUGCCCUGGCUCUGCUGUUCUAUUGCUGGCUCUGGAGAAAAGAAGGAGAAAGGCCUGCCUCUGACCCCCCCAGCGGCCCGUCCGGCGCGGACCCCCAGGAGCCCACCUACCACAACGUGCCGGCCUGGGUGGAGAUGCAGCCGGUGUACAGCAAUGUGAACGCUAACGACGCAGACGUGGUGUACACGGAGGUCCGGCACGUCCCAGAGAAGCACAGACGCACAGGGUCGAAGCUGCCACCGUGGGCAGUCGCUUAG